GGAGCUGAGCACUGCAACUGGGGAGGGAUCCCUCCAGGGAUGCUGGAGCCAAGCCCCUCGCAAGCCUUGGGACACAGGGAAUCAGCGCAGCCGGCAGCCCUCAAACUACCAGUGGGGAAAUAAAGGGAAAAAAGCAAUGGAUUUUCAGGCACAGAGUCCCACCCGGGCAUGAAGAGAGGAGCCUGCUGUGUUGUGCUGUGAAUCUCCUUUCCGGAUGCUCAGAGGAGCUGUGCUGCCUUCUAGAGACCGACGAGGGGGGUGACGAUCUGCAAAGAGCACAACAGCGUACAUCGUUGACACAGCAAACUUCACUUUCCCCUUCAGAGCAAGCCAGAAGCCGCUGUAGAUGAACUUUAAUUUGCAGUCCAGGAGCUCAAGUGACAACAGCUCCACAGCAUGGAGAAGCUGUGAUUGAUGCUUCAGACCCUGAAGAUGGGUAGUGGCAAAUAUCUCAAAUGACACUGUUGAGCAGACACGGCAGCAGCCUCCACUUUGUCAGGUUUCUAAGCCAGUUGUAAGGCAGAAUCAGGACUAACACAACGUAAUUAAAAGCAUCAGUGAUUUCCUCUUGGGGGAAACCUAAAAUCGGAAUACUUAUGUUACCUAAAUAUUGAAUCUUCCCCAAAAGGCCGAAAUGGUUCUAACCGGCAAUUCCAAAAUUUCUCAGCAUGUAUUCCCGGAAAGUAGGACCAAUAGCCUCUGCUUUGUGUAGCCUCACUUCUGCACCCCAAGAAAAAUGCAAAAGGAGUUAAAUUUGGCUUGAAAAUAGCAGCUAUUAACUGUGCUAUACUGGUAAAAACUUGGGGAGAAAGGUAGAUUUUCUAAUAUGUUUCUGGAUCCUUCUCAUUGUUCCUGGUGCUGCACUUCUAAGAUGUUCUUAAAAACUCUUUUCCCCAGCAAAGCCAGGCAAAUGUGGCCUAUAAGACCUUCUGAGAAUUGAUCUCAUCACUCUUUCUACCUGAAAAGGGAGUGAAGUACAACAGCCUCACAUGAACAGUAUCAGACCCUCACCAUGGCUUUCCUUCCUGGAAACUCCUCCGACUGCUCUAACUGCACCCACUCUGUGGGGCCUGUGAACAUUUCAAAGGCCAUUUUACUAGGUGUUAUUCUAGGGGGACUGAUAGUUUUUGGGGUUUUGGGUAACAUUCUGGUUAUCCUCUCCGUAGCCUGCCACAGACAUCUUCAGAGUGUUACCCACUACUAUAUAAUUAACCUGGCUGUAGCUGACCUCCUCUUGACUUCCACUGUCCUGCCCUUCUCAGCCACUAUGGAGAUUUUGGGCUACUGGGUCUUUGGGAGAAUCUUCUGCAACAUCUGGGCAGCUGUUGAUGUCCUUUGCUGCACUGCUUCCAUUAUGAGCCUCUGCAUCAUCUCGAUAGACAGAUACAUCGGGGUGAGUUACCCACUGAGAUACCCAAGCAUCGUGACAGAGAAGAGAGGUCUCCUGGCACUACUGUGCGUGUGGGCAUUGUCUCUGGUGAUAUCCAUUGGACCUCUUUUUGGCUGGAAGGAACCAGCACCAGAAGAUGAGACCAUCUGCCAAAUCACUGAGGAGCCUGGCUACGUGUUGUUCUCCGCUCUAGGCUCCUUCUACCUCCCCCUGACUAUUAUCUUGGUGAUGUAUUGCCGAGUCUAUGUAGUGGCCAAAAGGGAAAACAAAGGUCUGACCUCUGGUCUGAAGACCGAGAGAUCUCGUUCCGAAGAAGUGACCCUACGGAUCCAUCGCAAAAACGCUCCUGAAGCGAGCGGCUCAGCAUCCAACCCCAAGAGCAAGCAUCAUUUCUCAGUGCGUCUCCUCAAGUUCUCCAGGGAAAAGAAAGCUGCCAAGACCCUGGGAAUAGUUGUGGGAUGCUUCGUUCUGUGCUGGCUUCCAUUUUUUGUAGUAAUGCCUCUCGGUUCUUUCUUUCCUGCAAUCAAACCCCCGGACACACUUUUUAAAAUAACAUUUUGGCUUGGAUAUUUAAACAGCUGCAUCAACCCCAUAAUCUAUCCGUGCUCAAGUCAAGAGUUUAAGAAAGCGUUCCAAAAUGUCCUGAGAGCACAGUGCCUCCCAAGGAAGCAAGCGGCAAAGAAGCAAUCCCCAAGUUUCAACCUCAACCAUCCCACUAGACAAAGCAUGGAGAGCGGCAAAGGCGUGGUCCGUAUCCCCGUCGGCUCGGGAGAAACCUUCUAUAAGAUUUCCAAGUCGGAUGGGGUCUGCGAAUGGAAGAUAUUCUCCGCGGUGCAAAGCAUGCCUGCAAAACAUGCCGUUUCUAAAGACUGUACUGCUGCCAAAGUGAAAAGUAAAGGUUUCCUCCAGGAAUGCUGCUGUGCGGGCACUUCACGGAACCUUGUCCAUGAAAACUGCAAAGUGCCAACCAUUAAAAUACACACCAUCUCCCUCAGUGAAAACGGGGAGGACGUCUAAGGGACGGAAGCAGCACAGGCUGGCAAACGCAUGGCUCUGCUCGUGGGACGUUGCUCUUAUUGGGAAGUAGAAGUAGAUGCUACAACAGUUGAAGGGAUCUGGGUGAAACAAAUACCAUACUGUAAAACAGGGUGAAAGCCUUUGAGACGCGAUGUCUUUGAGUGUCGGUAGCCAGAAUGAAACCCCUUAAAGGCGGUGAAUGGCUUCAGCGGAUGGUGAGCACCCUACGGUCUUCCGAGAGACUGGCCUCUGCAAGUCAUUUGCCUGGCGUUCAAAGGCUUUAUUUUUCACUGUAUUCCCCUGUUUCAAAGUUCCUGGUGCUCUGAUGUAAGUGCAAUGGAGGACAAAGAGCAAACUCCAAAGACCCCACACUGAUUUCAGCAUGGAUACUUUCAGACAGCACCACAUUUAGACCCAUUUUGUGAUUCUGCCUUCCCCCCGCUCCAAAGCUAAACCUCGAUUCAACAGCCAGAACUGAGGUUGGGAGGCUCAGGUCUUGGGACAGUGUUUACAGAUCUCUGCUUACUUUUCAUUACAGGACUGUGGACAAGAAUGUUUUUCCUAUUGUGUUUUGCCUCUUUUGUUCGUGUCCAGGUCCUGGCUUGGUGAGGUCCUGCACACCUUGAGGAGAACAGGCAGCUCUUUGGGUUUGCAUCUUCAGCUGGGCAUCCUCGUUCCUGGGCUGCCCCAGGUGGGGAUUUGGUCUUCUGCAGUGCCCACAAGGCUGCUUGUCCCCAGCCUGUCUGGAAAAGCGGUCACUUCAGCUCGCAAGGCACGGCAAAAACACAAUCCUGGCUCUUGCCUUGCUUAGAGUCACUCUAAAUUCCCCUUUGUGUUGUGGAUUUCGGUAAACUCCGUGGCCAAGGGAAAUAUGAUGCCAGUGGCUGCACUCCAUCUAGCUCCAGAGACCAACCCGAACUUUUCUUUUUCGUACAACCAAGCUCCCAAAUCUCCAAACAAAACCAAAUGAAAAUGUGCAUGCAUCCUAGGCUUGUUUGGAAGCUCUCUGCGCUUCGAUGCAGGUCUAAUCAAAUUCGAAGCUCGGUAAGUCAUCAUCAGAUAAGGCUCAAAGACAUCGCUUUCACUCAUCCAUUUGUUUUUCUUGCUCUGAGUCCAGCAGGGACCUGCUUAAAGACUCAGUAAUUCCUUGCUCAGGUGCUUGCUUGUCAGAUCAGUGCCACAGUCACUGGAAAAGCUGCAGACAUUUUGCUGUCUCCCUGCCGUCUUAUGCCACAUUCCUCUUCUGGCUCCUUCAAUACCAAGCGCUCUAAGCUUUCCGUGAGAUCCCGGGUACCCUGGAGCCAGGAACUUUACCCUGGUUCUGAGCAGUGGGAGUUAAGCACGUUAAACGACUUAAGGACAUACAUCCCCAUGAGAAAGGGCCAUCCUUUGGGAAUUUGGGAGAAAAGCAUGUGGAAGCAUGUUAUAUUUUAAUAUAGCUAAUCCAAAUAAAUAAAUAAAUGAGCUGUUCAGCAUCUGGAAUAAAUAGUGGGAGGAAUUCUCUGUACAAUAUUAGAAAUAAGCAGCUCUUGACAUAACUCCUCCUGAGCCUGCCAAGUAAGAAUGCGGCUUCUUGAAACAACACAUAAGCCUUUACUCAUGUCUCAAUGUCAGCUCCUGUGCUGAAUAUCUACUGGCUUGAAAAGGGAAAGCUUAAGAUAAAGUUAGCAUUUACAAGAUAUAGCCUUGAAAGGACACCUUGACAUUAUUGAUGAGGAAUCAUUGUUUAUUCAUCUCUCAUUCAGUAUUAAGUCCCCAGUGUAAAGAGAAUUUCAGUCUUCUGCGUCUUUUAUUUAUGCAUGAAUGAGAUUUCUUUCCUCCUGUGAACACAUAUUUGCAGACAGAACAUUAUCGGACAAUUUGCAAAAGUAAAGUCUCAUCCACGGGGUUCUUGUUUUGCACAGUCCUGGAAGGAGAAAGCAACCUCAGAGUGUAACUAGAUGGCCAGGAUGCGAAUCAAAGCACUGCCACUCUAAAUAAACGUUGAGCUCAAAGCGAAAGAAGAGAGUAGAAGGACCUAAGAUUGGGUUUUGCAUAGACAGUUCACAGAGGCAGAACAAGCCAGAUAAUUUUCCCCCUACAUUUGGCCCCUUUCUCAAUGCAUUAAAAUUAUUGCGUAAUAUCAGCACACCCAGGAAAUCUAUUACAAAGUGCCCAGGUCUUGCCAGUCUUGCAGGACCAAAAGUAAAAUCUGUGCAAACAAGAGUCAUGUCUUUGGGCUGAUUCGCCAGUAUUUACUCAGACAACGCCAGCCUGAUGGAGCUGUGUCAGAGAACAAGAAAGGUGUAAAAGACCAGGUAAAGUUGGCACCUUUUUUCUGGUGUCAUAACCAAGAAGACUUCGGGUCCCGUAUGCGAUGGUAAAUUUUCCUUGCAGCGCUUGCUGACUCAGAUAUGUAUGUCCUGUAGAUGUUUUCAGCUGCUAACAUGUCACCUCAAGCAGAGGACUUGCUUCUCCCAGCCUUCAAAUAAAUGAGGGUGCAGGGAUAGGAAAAAACGAAGGCAACAGUUCUCAGCUCCUGAAGACAUGGAGAAGACACUUGAAUUCGGAAGACCAUCAAGCUUUUAUUGUGUUUGGUGGGCCAGUGAAUGGCACUGGCUACCUCUUAUACUCAGAAAACGAAAUAUCUAGUUUAGCUGAUUAGCUGAAGCAAAUAGUUACUUGUUCUCCCACAUGAAUGCUGCAUAAGAAAGAUACAGAAUGUCCCAAACAGGUUAAAAGUGGAGGAGAAUUCAAAUCAGAUCCCUGGACCCAAACCUUUAUUUAUUUCCAAAAGCACAUGCUCGCAGACAGCAAAUCUGUAGCAUUAUCCCAUUUUUAUUUUAAAUAAGAAGUCCACCCCACCCUUAAAACUUUUCUUAGGGUUUUUCAAUAUAGUCUAGAAUUUGAAACCAGAAGUGUUGAAAUACCAUGAAAAAAAAUAAUAUUCUCAUGGUACUUCAAGCCAAGACCAGAAGCAGAAAAGCUGGAAAUCUCAUAAGAAAGUCACGUGGGGCUCAUGGCCGAGGUUUUCAGUCUCACGGGGUUCAAAUACGUGGGACGUUUAUUUGAAGAAAACCUGAACUCUGAAACAUCUUGAAAAACACCCAUUAAAUUGAGCGAGACUAGCAAGAUUUAAAAUCUUCACUGCACACACUUGCUGCCCAACCCUCUCCAUAUACUUAUUUGAUAACUUGAACCAAUAAGGUCAUUUGUGCCAUCUCCCCUUUGGAGCCGGGAGAUCUACAAAGGGCCUCUCCAGCAAUUUUAGAUUUGUUGAGGUUUCCCGGUGUCAGGCAAAGGGUUGUUGUGGAGCUACACAAAGGCUGACACAAAGGGAUUAGUCAUUUCAUUCCAGAGCAAUUCUGAAGCUGCAAUAUACAAAUGAAGACGAUAAAUAAGUCAGCAUGCUGGUGGCAGUGCCUGGAUAGUCGCCUUUGUGUCGCAGCGCUCCUGCCAGUAAGAGACACGGUUUAGAAUAAUCAAGUCCCGGUCUCAUCUGCGCCCUUUUUUUUCCGGUCGUCAAACAGAUGCUAAAGGACCUCUCUGUCCAGUGACUCUGAAAAGCACUGAGACCUCUGCGUCAGGCGAGCCGGGUCCCAGCCACACCUCUGCUGCUCUCACGUUUGCCAGCAAAAACAAACACACAAUUUGUUUGGCUCACUCGGAGAAUUUCUGCAUGAAAACCACCCUGUUCCCUUGUUGCAAGCAGGGUCAUAGGCACUUGUCAUCCUGAUAGACGUUUGGACUGACAAGUCUCAAAACCAUAGAAGGAGCUCUAGGGGGGAAAAAAAAAAGAAAAAAAAAAAAGAAAAAGAAAAAAGGGGGAGUGCAGAUUUAAGCAGCCCAUAUUUUUCUGUUAUUUAAAGUGAACUUGACACUGGUGAAAGAGCUACAGCCACAGAGGCUAAAUGUAUCUGUCUACCUAAAAAGCACUAGCAGUACAUGAGAUUUCCCAGUGGCUUACCAUCUAUCAUCACAUGUGAAAUCAUUCUACAGUCGGGAUUCCAUCGUGUGAAAUGCUGUAGGAGCUCAGAACAGAGAGCAGAAGGUGGUCAGAUGGGAAGUAAGAACACAGCGGAGUGCCGUGAUUUUUCCCCUCAAAGCCACGUCCAGUGGACCACGCUGACCUGCCAAUUGGUGUGUCCUGAAUGACACCUUUGAGGGACACCUCAAAGUUUGGGUAUGACAUCCCACCAUCCCUCCUUAACUCUUCUCAGUUGAGAGAGACAGCCAAGAUUUCCGUCUUAAGCAGAGCAGAUAGUCUCUGCUGCAAAGGGUUGAGAGCUGCCAGCAUCGUAGAGAUGACUUUUAAUUUACACCGGUUGAGGCUAAGCAGACCACCAAUCUCUUUUCCUCACAGGGCAGGGAAAGUUCAGUAUUCCAGUUUCCACUGUCAAUGUUCAUUGAGAUUUACUGUCUUAUGUUUUUAAGGCUUCAUGUACUCUGUAGGAUUAUUCAAAUCCCAAAUACUUAAGAUCUGCUCAUUAUCCAAAUAAAUGUCUCCUCUUUUUUUUUUUUUUUUUUUUUUUGGAAUAUUGCUCUGCCAAAUCCAAGGAUAAAUUAUGUACUGUGUAAAAGCAUGUUUUCCUUUGCCGGGCUUUAAUGUCUUAAAAAAUCCAUGGCACUGAAAAGGGGAAAGAUUAAGGUAGGAGUAUUUCUUGCCUUUCUACUCAUCAGAGUCAGCAAAUGGAUUUCACAAAGCUUCUUCAGUCUUACUUGCAAAAUUUCCCUGCCUGACUUUUCCAGUUUUCUGAAAGGUAACAGUUACAGACUGGAGUGUAGUAGACCGACUGAAGCUGGUUAGAAAAGCUCUUACUGUUUUCCUGAAGUGGGAAUUGCUUAGUUCUAGGUAUGCCUGUUGGCCUCACGUUAACUGACGCUCAUGUUUGAAUGGGUUUUCAUCAGGAGCUCCAUUUUAAGAUAAAGCUGCUGAGGUGCAGAGUGAUUCGCUCAAGGAAGAUUUCAGCUGUCCCAUGUUGAAUCCAUGCUUGGUAAUUAACUCCGUAUCCUACUCAGAGACACCUUUAUCCUCUUUCCCAUCUUAAUGUUUGGAUAAGCAAGACAAUGCUGACAAGCAGCUCCAUAGGACAGGCUCCUGACACCAAUUAUUUCUGGAUGAUUGCUUCCAACAACAGAGCCAAGGAGAAAAGCCGGUGCGUCUUCACGAUGUUGCCCUAAGCUCAAGGCAUAUUUGGGACUUGCAUCAUGCAGUGUCAUCAUUUGCCAGAAGGAAAAGGUAUCUAAUAGCUCACAGGAGAGACGUCGUAACGAGACAGCUUCGUCUACCUGCUCUCUACCCGCUUCUGCGUUCCUCAUCCCUGCUCCAGUCCCCUUCUGCCCAGAGCCUUUGAGUCUCACCGUAUCAGCCUUUAAAUUGUUUCCCAAGAAGCCCAAGAGCCAACCAGUGCUUUCUAUGAAUGAAUCUGUCCGAUAUUUAUUCUGUUUCUUGCCUAAUUAUAAUGAGACUCACAGGGAGAAGGUUAGACUGUCUGGCCAGACUAAUCCUGUCUUUUCCCAUCAGUGCACAUAAGUAAACUAAGCCUUCUCCACCUGCAAAAGGGAGCUAAUCCGUAAACAUAAUCAACUACUUUUUGAAGGUAUUCCCAAGCAGAUUGUUUAAUAUAUGACAGUAUUAUGAAAAUCCAAGGCGCUACGGAGGUAGCUUGUGGUGCAUUAAAAUAAAGAUCUCCCACCCGGCGUGAUAAAUGUAAUUGAAUCACUUAUUUCCCAGGAGGAGAUUAAGCAUUUGUAUUGGGGAUUCGAGUAAAAUGUCAUGCCUUCUCCACAGCGCGUGCUGCAUAUUUCUCAUACUGACAGAGAAGGAGAAAAACAGCAAGAGUGCGCUAAGGGGAAACGAAUUUCCAAAGAGGAGAGCUAUGUAUUGCAAGCAACAAUCACAUAAGAAAUAAAGUUGGUUUUUUUUUAGUUCCACAACACAUUCAAAGGUCUGGUUAAUGCAGAUUACAGUCUGGUAUACGGAGCUCAAACCCAGGCCGAGAAAUAUCCUCUCCUUCAUCAUCACGAUAACAUUAAGAUCUUUUUCAGAGUCAAAAACGUCCAAGCGUUAACACUGAAAAGCAAAAAUGAUUUUCCAGUACUCAUUGUCUCGGACUGAAUAACAAGACCUUCUUGCAUCGAUCCAAAUUUCUUCUAUGAUCUGCAAAAGCUCAGUCCUUGAAAACUGUUUCUUGAAGCAAGAAAACACAAAUCUAGCCAGCAUUUCAGCCGGUUUCCACUUCAAAAGCAAUUCCACUCGGCUAAUGGUCACAGCAUCGUUGUCUUCUGAUAGAAAGCCUUGGCUGAAUGUCGCUGAGCGCUCAGUUCUCCUUACUGGCCUUACGACUGCGGGAAUCGUAUGCAAACUGGUUUGGGCUUUUUUCGCUUUGCCGGUCUUCGGUUGCAAAACUGUUUUAUUUUUUCUUCUGCCUGCUGCAGCAUUUUGCCUGCAUGUUGUGCAAGUUUGGCUGCCAGUGGUUUUCAAAGAUGUGUCUUGAGAUGGGCACUGCGUCUUCUGGACACGAUAUUCCCGUGUCAUUGAAUUUUCUACGUGCUGUUUUUAAAGGCCCAUUGUUAACCAUGCGACGUGUCCGAACAGUCAUGCUGGUCAUUUUCUUGAACAAAACUGAAUGUAUAUGAAAUAUUGCUAGGUGAACAAAUAAAUUAUUGGGGGGAAUGUGCACUUUGUGACAUGUGAGCUACGAGUCUGUUUGCUUGGUUGG